ACAGCAGCGUGCCCCUUACUACCGCUUAGUACAAAAACACACACUGCUAAGAUGAACGCGCCGCCGGCCUUCGAGUCGUUUUUAUUGUUCGAGGGUGAGAAAAAAAUCACAAUAACAAAGGACACCAAGGUGCCGAAUGCGUGUUUGUUCACGCUGAAUAAAGAAGACCACACGCUGGGAAACAUCAUCAGAUCACAGCUGCUGAAGGACCCUCAGGUGUUGUUUGCUGGCUACAAAGUUCCCCAUCCACUGGAGCACAAGGUUGUCAUUCGGGUCCAGACGACACCAGACUACAGUCCUCAAGAAGCCUUUACAAAUGCUAUCACUGAUCUGAUCAGCGAACUGUCCCUGCUGGAGGAGAGGUUCAGGGUUGCCAUCAAAGAUAAACAGGAGGGAAUUGAAUGAAGGAGCUCUGUCGAACUAUGGAUGUCCACUGAUGAUUAUUCCAGCUUCUUCUAUGAGCUUAAGCUGUUCAGUUUGUCUUUUUCAGCUCUUCUUUCUGAAGUUAAGCAUUCUCCCAUCUCCAACCCAAAAAACCCACAAAGACUGUGAAGUCUGUGAAGUCAUCUUCAGUUUGAAUAAUAGUAUUGAAUUUUUUUUUUUUUUUUUUUAAUCCUGUAGUGAUGUUUUUCAUUGCUUUAUGUCUCUGAUCUGUGCAGUGAAAGAAAUCCAUUAUGUAUAUUUUUUUUUGUCAUGAAUAAAUGUCAUUUUGAUACCUGAA